CAAAAGUGAAAAUAGCCUCGGUUAGCAGAAGUCACAUUACGGUAAAAACACAAGGUUGAUAUACAUAUAUAUUUCAGCGGACACGGUGCGGCAAAAUGGGAGCGUCAACACGAUAUGUGGAUGAUUACAUUUGCGUUAAACUGAAGUAAACCCAAAGUGAUAACUAUUAACAAAGUUAACGCUUCAAUCUGUCAGCCGUCCUGCGGUUAAUGUUUUAGCUUGACAUGGACGAACCGGACACUACAGCCAUCCUCCCCGAGGAAGAAGAAAUGUCGACCGACGCCUCGUCUGGCCGCAAAGCGGAGUCUGGCGACAGAAACCCCGGCCGGCCGCCGUUCGCCUGCCCUCGGUUUGUGUCGGUGGAGCCCGUGUUGUUCCUCUCCAUGUUCUCCCUGGUUCUGCAAGUGCCCCUGUGCACACAAUACCUAUGGGACCGCAUCGGGGAGGACAUCGGGUACAACGGGACCAAGCAGGGCGGCGGAUGCGGCAACACCUCGGCCGACGUCGACCCUCUUCAAAAAGAGGUAGAAACAUCAACAGCCCACUGGAACUUAUACAUCAAUCUGGGGGGCUUUGCUGUGGGGUUGUUGACGGUGACAUUCCUGGGUUCGUGGAGUGACGUUGCUGGCCGUAGACCAGUCCUCAUCAUCCCCUGCCUGGGCUUAGCCAUUCAGGCAGCGGUUUACCUGCUGGUGAUGUACUUAAAGCUGCCUGUGGCAUACUUCCUAAUAGGCCGGGUGCUUAGUGGCCUCUCAGGAGACUUCAACACCGUAUUGGCAGGAUGCUUUGCAUAUGUGGCUGAUACAAGUGACAGAAGUUCCCGUACCUUCAAAGUGGCAGUACUGGAGGCUUGUCUGGGUCUUGCAGGCAUGCUGGCUAGCAUUAUUGGAGGGCAGUGGCGGCGGGCACAAGGGUACAUAAACCCUUUCUGGCUGGUACUGGCAACCAAUGUGGCUGCAGCUCUUUAUGCCUACCUGUUUGUCGUUGAGUCUGUACCUUCAGACCCCAGCGCCAAGCUCCUCACCACUCGUCACCAUAAGGCUGUCUUCCGCCUCUACUCAACAGGAGGGGAAACCAGUGAGGGUGGUAAAAUAUUUCAGAGGUACAAGCUGUGGCUGUACACAUUAUGCUUCUUUUUGGUGGUGACAGUACAUUUGGGCAGCAGGGAGCUGUUUGUGUUGUAUGAGCUUAGCACACCAUUGUGCUGGGGACCAGCUCUGAUCGGCUACGGCUCAGCAGCCCAACACCUGACUUACCUGACCAGCCUGCUGGGACUGAAGGUCAUGCAGCGCUGCUUAGCGGACUCCUGGGUGGCCCUUGUGGGCUUGGCCUCCAACAUAGCUGGUCUGGCAGUUAUCUCUGUGGCUACUACCACCGAGCUUAUGUUCACAGGAUAUGGGCUGUCUUUCCUCUUCAUGACUGCGACCCCGGUGAUCAGGUCGAAUCUGUCUAAGCUGGUGGGGCCAUCAGAACAAGGUGCCCUGUUUGCCACUGUUUCCUGUGUCGAGGGGUUGUGUUCUCUGGUAGCAAGUGGUCUCUUCAACUCCCUUUAUCCAGCCACAUUGCAUUUCAUGAAAGGUUUCCCCUUCCUUUUUGCUGCCAUCCUCCUCCUUAUCCCUGCUGGGAUUAUUGGGAUCCUGGAAUGUCAAGACCGUAGGACAGACAACAGGGAAUCGACAACAUCCUGACAAGUACCAUUGCAUAUCUAAUGGAUUUUACACCGGUGUCUGCCUAAAUUUAAAAGCAUCACCUAUCACAGACACAAAGAUUUGUUGUAUCUGUGUCUGUUAUGCAAAGGCGUUUUUUUGCCUUUUGAACAAGUGCAAUAAUGCGACAUCUGACUAUGAUGUUAAAUAGCUUGUGCAGAGAUGGGGUUCUUCCUCCAGUCACACCAAAGGGAGUGAGAUCGAAGGACCAAGAACCAGCCUUACGAGUGACAUCAUGAAGACCAUUCUACAUCUCAGAUGGGUUCUUUGAAUCUUUGUUGAUAAAAGUCAUAGAUAAACAUUUUAAUGACAAUAAUACACACUUCUGAA